AAUAAAUAACUAUAUAUGUCCGUGUAGCAUGAGGGAGCUACAAACUUUCAUUUUGUGAUCCAUACAUUGUAUAAUAGCACUUUUUCUGGUUUAUAUGCUCCUAACAUGAAUCCAGAGGCAGGUGGAGGUGAUAGCGAGUCACACAUGAGUUUUGUGUGUACAGACAUGUGGAUGGAGUUACUCACAGCACUCGUAUACUGUAAAACUGAGGUGAUCUUCCUUCAGUAGAGUCCCAAAACCAGCAGCACGGACAGUAAGACCUCAGGGUUUAUAUUCGUUAUCUCUUCAUGUGCAUCAGAUGAGAAUGAUGCCAGGCCUCCUGUGUGUUCAUAACACACACAGCCUGCUCUGCCUGCUGCUCCAGUCGACGCCCUGCAAAAACAACUCUCACACACGGAACAAGGAAGUUAUGCACCUGUCGCUCCUCUCUAACCCGAAACUAUCCGCGACCUCGAUAAUAAAAGCCCCAUCAUGUUAGAAGCUGAGGCGGAAGGAGUACCGAGUGAGGAGCAGCAGCAUCAGGUCGGCCCGGAGGACACGCCGCCUGCUGCCCCCGCUGAGGGCACAGAGGAGCGGGCAGUGGAGAGCGGAGCGGCCCCCUCCGCUGCCCCCGAGGAGGGCACAGAGGAGCAGCUAGAGGAGGCCGGUGAGGCCCCUGUCCUGCACACCACCACCGCCCCCGCCGAGGUACCAACUGCCCGCACGGAGGAGCCGGCAGCGGUCCCGGUCCUGGACACCACCGGCCCCGUAGAGGCGCCUAAUGGCCAAACGGAGGAGCCGGCAGCGAAGGAGGGGGGAGCGGUUCCGACCCAGCACACCGUCAGCUCCGUGGAGUCACCUGUGGACCAGUUCAAACACAGAAAGUUCUUUGUGUUGAGGCCUGGCACUCUGAAUCAGGCCCUCAAAGACGUUGAAGCUCUGGUGGAUAAAGAAGUAGAUGGCAGCGUUCACAGCAUUUGGCUGAUGGCAGAGGUGGAUCACUGGAACAACGAGAAAGAGCGUAUCGUUCUCAUCACUGACAGCUCUCUCCUGGUCUGCAAGUACGACUUUGUGAUGUUCAGCGUCGACUAUAUACAGAGGAUAGCCCUGAACUUCGUGGACCGCAUCUCCUAUGGAGCCUUCAGCUUCCCCAAGCGCUCCCUGCUGCGGAGAGACGGGGAGGGGGUGAGAGUGUUCUGGGACCGGCUGAGAGAACCCUCCUUCAUCUCCAGGUGGAACCCCUUCGCCACUGACUUCCCCUUCACCACCUUCACCUACCACCCCGUGAGGAACAUCAGUGACAAGUUUGCCGCUCUCUGCGACAUCCAGAGCUUUCGCGAUCAGCUCAAAGAUGCAGCGCAGAGAAGCCACGCCAGGAAGCCGGUUCCUGGGAAGGCUAACGGCGUCCUGCUCCUGAACCAGAACAUCCUAAUCGAGGCUUACGUGGGCCUCAUGUCUUUCCUCGGGAACCAGAACAAACUGGGAUACAGCAUGGCUCGAGGAAACAUUGGCUUCUAACUCUUGUGCAUUCCCCGAUAGUUCAGUUCACAUGAUGGUUCGCUUGUAUUUAAAAGUCUUGUAUUCAUGUCGAUAAAUGUUUCAUCAUUCAAAUUCUACAAGGAAUUGACCAAAAGAUUUUUUUUUUUUCCAUGUCGGGUUGGAGCCUGGAUUCUCAGGAUGUUCUGUAUGAAGGUUUUAAACAACCGUGUGUUCUCCCCCACUGCUUUACUACCAGUCUGUGGUGUCUGAGCACUCAGAAAUAUCCACAUUUCAACACCGCUCUUCACUGGAUGACGGAUCCCCCGCCGCUCUCAAGGAGCUUUGUAUUUGCUCCUCAGUGAUAUGGUAAUUCAACUCUUUCGCAAUGGGACUCCUUUCUUCCUCCCCCGGUGUCUCUGUUAAAAGCUCAUUCCAAUGCCAUUCUGCCCCUUAGAGAUUCACUGGAGCAUGGGGGCACAUUUGUCAGUUUAGUUUUAUCAUCCCUAGUGUAUUUUUACAGUGAAUACAGUGCUGGAAUUUCCCCUUGA